CUUUCCUGACACUUUCUGCAGUGUAGUUAAGAGUUUAAUAUUUACUUGGCCUGGUUCAAAUUACUAUUCUUUAUCUUGUUGCUUCACUGCCCGUCUCUCUCCGUUUCUGACACCAAACGCCUCUCUUUGAAUCAAAGUCUUCCUCAUAUUGUGGGUGUCUUUUUGAACUUCACUUUCGUUUUCCAGUGCCCUUUGCUUUCAUGGUUGCUAAUGAUUCCGUGUUCAUGAUUUUAAAUCCUAAGAUUGCCCCCUUUAGUUUCUUCUAACACACCAGGGUAGUGUCUGAAUGGGAAUCUUGAUUUCCUCUUAUAUAUUUUAGUGUCUGAUUAACUGUGUGACACUCCCCAGCCUGGAACUGCUUCAUUCUGUUCUGUCUUAAGUUCAUUUCUGUGGCUUUUGAGCCAACCUCUCUCUUUUUCUCUUCCACUCGAUGGGUUUUUAAUCAUGCUUUUGAGUGCAUUUGAGCAAUGUUGAGUAGAGUAAGGAUGAAAUAUUUGGCUUCAGUUCAAUUUCUUUUGCUCAGUUUAGGCAUCUUAUCUGGGGAUUGUGGGGCAAUUCCCUUCAGUGAAGUUGAAGCUCUGACUUCUUUCAAGAGGGCAAUUUUUGAGGACCCUUUACUGAUGUUGUCAAACUGGAACCCUAUAGAAUCUGACCCAUGUGAUUGGUCUGGUGUUUUUUGCUCCAUGGCUAGGGAGCAUGUCCUAAAGCUUAACAUAUCUGGAGCCUCUAUAAAGGGUUUCAUUGCACCAGAGCUAUACAUGCUCUCCACUUUGCAAGAAUUAGAUUUGCAUGGGAACUUGUUGAUCGGUACAAUACCAAAGGCAAUCGGGAUGUUGAAAAACCUCAAGCUAUUGGACUUGGGAUCGAACCAGUUAACAGGGCCUAUCCCGGCUGAGAUUGGAAACUUAGCUCGUGUCGAGAAAAUAAACCUUCAAUCCAAUGGAUUGACUGGAAAGUUGCCUUACGAACUUGGUAACUUGAAAUAUCUUCAGGAGCUUCGGCUUGACAGGAACAAAUUUCUUGGAAGCAUCCCUGCUAGUAACGGCUCCGGAUUUCCCUCCAACACACAUGGAAUGUAUGCUUCGAAUAAAUCCAAAGGUUUUUGCGGUUCUUCCCAAUUAAAGGUGAUUGAUUUGUCAUACAAUUUUCUGGUUGGAAGCAUACCUCAAUGCUUGCAGCAUCUGCCGAGAUCAAGCUUUCGAGCAAAUUGCUUUCAAGACAAAGAUUCCGGGCCACGUCCUGCUGCACAAUGUGGUGCACCUCCACCUGCUAAACCCCAUUCAAAAGUUUUUUCGAAGCACAAGCCGGUGGACAACAAACAGAAACAUCAACACAAGGAUUCGAAACCUACAUGGCUCCUGGCUCUCGAAAUAACAACAGGGAUCAUGAUCGGGUUGCUCUUUAUCGUUGCUACUUUAGCUCUGAUUCAGAAGUGGAAGCGGAAACCUUCAAUCAUCAUCCCGUGGAAGAAGUCUGCAAGCUCGAAGGACUACACCGCAAUUUACAUCAAUGCCGAAGCAAUGAAGGAUGUAGUGGAAUACAGCCGGCAAGAGCUCGAGGUUGCCUGCGAAGAUUUCAGCAACAUCAUCGGUUCCUCUUCCGAUAGCCUUGUCUACAAAGGGACCAUCAAAGGCGGACCUGAAAUUGCUGUGAUAUCCAUUUGUGUCAAAGAAGAGCAUUGGACAGAAUAUCUUGAGCUUUACUUUCAAAAAGAGGUGGCGGAUCUGGCGAGAAUAAAUCACGAGAAUGCAGGGAAGCUGCUAGGCUAUUGCAGGGAGAGCGAACCAUUUGCAAGAAUGCUCGUAUUUGAGUACGCAUCAAAUGGAACUCUCUACGAGCACCUUCAUUAUGGCGAAGGAUGUCAAUUCUCCUGGACACGGCGGAUGAGAAUCAUUAUCGGCAUUGCUCGGGGACUGAAAUAUCUCCACACCGAACUCGACCCUCCAUUCACUAUAUCUGAACUGAGCUCUAGCUCCAUCUAUCUCACAGAAGAUUUUUCUCCAAAGUUGGUUGAUUUUGAAUGCUGGAAGACAUUCUUAACCAGAUCAGAAAAAACCUCCGGCGCCAUAAGCAACGAAGGCUCCUUAUGCAUUCUUCCGAAUUCUUUUGAGGGAUGUCUUCUCGAUAUCCAGGGAAACAUCUACGCCUUCGGGAUUCUUUUACUUGAAAUCAUCAGUGGUAGACCUCCACACUGCAAAGACAAAGGGCACUUAGUCGACUGGGCUAAGGUGUUCUUGGAAGCUCCCGAUAGCAUCUCCAACUUGGUGGAUCCGGAGCUGAAACAUUUCAGGUUUGAGGACCUGAAAGUGAUAUGCGAGGUGGUAAAAGUAUGUGUUGAUCCUCGUUCCAGCGCAAGCACAACGCCGGCAACAAUGGAGGCGUUGUGCUCGUCGUUGGAAAAUGGGAUCGACAUGACUGCCUCGGCGGAGAUACGAGCAUCUUCGCUUGCUUGGGCUGAGCUCGCGCUUUCGUCGUAGUAAACCGGAUAGAGUUGAAGCUAACACAACACUUAGUCGAAUGAGAAAUAGAAAGUAACAAACAUAUGUGGAGGCCGUUUGUGUGCUGAAUAAAAUUAUUUAGCAUGGUGUUCAACAAUGUAUGUAUGUGUAUAUAUAUAUAUACAUAUAUCAUUUUUAUGAAUCGGUUGCAUUUAAAGAGGCAACGAUGAUGGGCGGGUGCAAUUUGAGGUUGUGUAUUCUCAUGUGUAAGAAGAUACCGUAGGUUCAGUUUGAUUUUUCAAAUAAAAUUUGGCCUCUGUUU